GUCAUGGCGCCUACAAAUUAAGCUCAUGGGCCAAACAAAAGCAGAACAGCUUAAACGGGCGGCCGCAAAAACGACCGGCGACGCCACAGUUCAUUUAGCAUUAGCUUCAAUCUGUUAGCUCGUUUGGCUUUUUUGGUGAUGGCGGCUUUGUCUAUUUGCUGGAGUCCAGUGUAAUGGCUGACUGUAGUGAUGACAGAGAUGCGGCUGUGCUCUUCGGCAAAAUGCUCGUCCGCCUGGCUGUUGCAGGGAUCCAUGAGAUUCCAACAUCGUGGCUUCCGCUUCAGAUAUUAGUUGGAACCCCUGUCUUAUACUACACGGUAUAGCCGCUAGCUACGGUUGGCAUCCUACCGGCUACACGUUAACGCUAAUAGUUAACAUCAGGACGGAACGGCUGCUGCAAACGCCUGCUUCAGCACUAAUUAGACACGUUCAACGGUGCUGCCGUUACAUUGCAACUGAGCUAACUACCCUGUGCCGUUAAACACAAUAGACACGCUAGCUUGCAGCUGAAGUGGGAUACAUUAAAUUCCAGCAAUUAUUCGCACUCCAGUUGCGCUACUCCGGCUUGUCAGCUGCUUCCAUUUCCGCGGCUUUUCUUGCCGGUAAUGCGGUGGUUACGCGGCACAGCUAGCCACCCACUCAUUGGGCAUUCUGCAUGCGGUGGAGCCUGCAGGCUGCUCCUCCACACCGCCGAGCCACAUUCUGCAACUAGCAGCUAGCUGCUCCCUUCUCCUGGGGAAAGCCAAGUUAAAAUUGUCACGCUCAGUGAGCCUGGAGGGGGUUUAGAUGGGAUGGACAGCAAAGGUAGCUCCCUGCCUUCGAUGCCCGAACCAGCCAACCCGAUCAGCAUGAAGCAGCCACCAGAGUCCCUGAGUGUACGGAAAGGACGGGGGGACAUGGGCAGUGACCCAGCUCUGCUAAUGGACAAAGCUACCGUACAGCUGGCUGCCACACUACAAGACGGCGGCGUUCUGCAGAAGAUGGCUGGCCACAAUCACAACAACCACAGCCACGAGAGGCUCAAAGACCUCACCUCCCGUGUGCUGAACGGCGACCAGGACCCGCUGCCCACACUCUGUGCCCCAGGGCCCCCGAUGCUGAAGGGCGGCGAAGCCCCCGCCACUAAUGGCACACAUCAGCUCGAUUGCAUUCCUCAUUCUGAACCCGAACUGAAGGUGACAAUACCCCAGGGGGUCAACCAGCCACUGUUUGAGCCGUGCUGUGCCAAUGGGACCAGUUUGGACACAGCCACUGACGGUACUAUGUCUGGAUCGGACGAGAGAAAGGACGCUAAGGCGAGGAAAGGAAGACCUCUCAAACCAAACCUUCAAACUAAUUUCAGCUCAUCUGUAAUCCCUGUGGAGCCACUUGAUCACACAAAUGCUGUGGAGGAAGCUGGAGCAGCUGCUGAGCCUGAGCCCGAACCCGAAGUUCUCGUGCCAGAAGUGACGGAGAAGAAAGCAGAAAGUUCUACUACCUGGCCAGUUUGCUUCUCUGUCGGAGAUCUGGUUUGGACGAAGGUGUCGGGAUACCCCUGGUGGCCCUGCAUGGUGACCACAGACCCAGAAAUCAACUAUCAUGUCAAACAGAAACCGAAAAUCAACAGCAGGACAGGUCUCUUUUACCAUGUGCAGUAUUUUGGAGACGCCCCAGAGAGAAGCUACAUCUUUGAGAAGAACAUGGUGUCCUUCACUGGGGAGGAUCAAUACCAGGAGCUCAGCCAGAGAAGCAAACAGCCAGCCUCAAGGGUGAUCCACAAAAAGACAACUCCCUCUAUACCCCGUAAACUCCGUGCUCAGUGGAACAUGGGCAUCAUUCAGGCCAAGGAGGCUCUCAGCAUGUCGCUGGACACUCGCAUGGCCAACUUCGGAUUUGUGUACGACGAAAACGGGCCUCAUCUGAACCCUCUCAUCCUGGAGAAGCUGAAGCCGGUGAACAGCGACGAGAUGAACCUAGACGGAGUGUGUCGGCUCAGCCCCGAUCUCCCCUUCCUGCUAGCGGGCUCCACCAGCGAACCCUCGGCAGCCACCCAGCCCCAAGACAGCACUUCAACGGGGACAAAGACAAAAGCACUCGGAAAAAAACGCAAAGCUGGAGAGUGGAAGAAAAGGGAAGCGGGAGAUCUACACAUGUUCCUGUCAAAAAAGAAGCUGAAUGCCGCAGUUUCUUCCAAAGCGAUGCUUCAAGCACAUCCAUCCUCACAGAAUCCCUCAGCUCCUGAAUUGGGUGUACCCCAGAAGAAAAAGAGGAGACCCAGACAGCCCCAGUCUCCAACCAAGACGGUGAGGAGAAAGAAAAUAUCUGCGACGGGCAACGCCUCCGACCCUGUGAGGAAAAGGAAAAAAACAAAGCUGGUUUCUUCGACGGAUGACGUUUUGGAAGCUUUCUCACUUCCACUUUCAGUUCCAGUGAAAAGGGAGCGAAAGAAGAAAAGGCCGCUAGCAGACGUGGCAGACAAAGAGCAGCAGCCAAAGAAGAGAUGCAGAACCGGCAAGGAUGCUGAAAAACAGGCUUCGACUUCAGAAGGAACUGAGAAAAAGAGGAGAAGAAGAAAGAAAACGGACGUAAAAGAUGUGAAAGAACCCAAGAAAUGGGUGAAAAAGCCUAAAGGUCUCCUCAAUGACGACGAUGAUGCAGCCAAACCAAAGCGUAGAAGGAAAAGGAAACAGGAUGGAGAGAGUCAGGCGACACCAUCCAAGGCGAAGAAGAGGCGGUCCUCGCCAUGUCCUGAUCCUGAGGGUUCUGGGAGUGAAGGACGUCCUGAUUCUCCGAGCGACAGUUUAGACGGGACAAAGAAGGGCGAACGGAAGAAAGAGUUUGUCUGUCAGGGGUGUGAACAGGCUGGUGAGGACCUGGUGCCCUGUGAAGGACAAUGUUGUGGGAUGUUUCACCUCCACUGUCUGGGUUUGUCCUUCAAACCUGAUGACAAGCUGCUGUGCCAGGCAUGCAGCACAGGAGUUCACUCAUGUUUCAACUGCAAGCAGUCGGACGGUAAAGUCCGCCGCUGCCACGUCCCGCACUGCGGCAAGUUUUACCACGAGGCCUGCGUCCGUCUGAACCCCCUCACCGUGUUCGACAACAGGGGCUUCCGCUGCCCGCUUCACGCCUGCCUGAGCUGCCACUACGGCUGCCGCACCAAGCAGAAGUCGACCAAGGGGAGGUUGAUGCGUUGCCUGCGCUGCCCGGUGGCGUAUCACAUCGGCGACCAGUGCGUGGCUGCGGGAAGCGAGAUGAUCACCAACACCGCCAUCAUCUGCACCAACCACUUCAACGCCAAGAAGGGCUACAGCCACCACAGUCACGUCAACGUCAGCUGGUGCUUCGUCUGCUCCAAAGGAGGGCAGCUGCUGUGCUGCGAGUCCUGUCCUGCAGCUUUUCACCCCGACUGCCUGAACAUCGCGAUGCCCGAUGGGAGCUGGUUCUGCAACGACUGCCGGGCCGGGAAGAAGCCCAAGUACAGGGACAUCAUCUGGGUCAAACUGGGAACAUACAGAUGGUGGCCGGCAGAAAUCCACCACCCGAGAAGCAUCCCCACCAACAUCCAGCACCUUAAACACGAGAUUGGAGAGUUCCCGGUCUUCUUCUUCGGCUCCAAGGAUUAUUUCUGGACUCACCAGGGCCGAGUGUUUCCCUACAUGGAGGGCGACCGGGGCAGCAAACAUCAGAGGACCGGCAUCGGCAAAGUCUUCAAAAACGCUCUGCUGGAGGCUGAAGCUCGAUUCAAGGAGAUGAAGUUGAAACGAGAGGCCAAGGAAGCACAAGAGAACAGUCGAAAACCGCCCCCGUAUAAGUUCAUCAAGGUCAACAAACCCUUCGGCAAGGUUCAGGUCUACACCGCAGACAUUUCCGAGAUCCCCAAGUGUAACUGCAAGCCGACGGACGAGCGGCCGUGCGGGUUCGAGUCCGAGUGUCUGAACCGAAUGCUGCAGUACGAGUGUCACCCUCAGGUGUGUCCGAGUGGAGAGCGCUGCUGCAACCAGGACUUCACCAAACGCCUCUACCCGGAAACCCAGAUCAUCAAGACGCCAGGAAAAGGCUGGGGGCUGAUCUCCCUGAGGGACAUCAAGAAGGGAGAAUUUGUGAACGAGUACAUCGGAGAGCUGAUCGACGAGGAGGAGUGCAGGGCGAGAAUCAAGUACGCCCAUGAAAACAACAUCACGGACUUCUACAUGCUCACUAUCGACAAGGACCGAAUCAUCGACGCCGGUCCGAAAGGAAACUAUUCUCGCUUCAUGAACCACAGCUGUCAGCCCAACUGUGAGACUCAGAAGUGGACGGUGAACGGAGACACGAGGGUCGGUCUGUUCGCCGUCUGUGACAUCCCAUCAGGUACCGAGUUGACCUUUAACUACAACCUGGACUGCCUCGGCAACGAGAAAACCGUCUGUCGCUGCGGAGCUCCGAACUGCAGCGGGUUUCUGGGUGAUCGACCGAAGAACUCAAACGGUCAAACCGCCGAUCCGAAAGGAAAGAGGUUGAAGAGAAAGUACAAGAAGAGGAAAAGCGAGGGGAAGAAGAAGUCUGAGGACGAGUGUUUCCGCUGCAGAGACGGAGGGCAGCUGGUGCUCUGUGAUAAGAAAACCUGCACCAAAGCUUAUCACCUGUCCUGUCUCAACCUCACCAAGAGACCCUUCGGCCGCUGGGAUUGCCCCUGGCAUCACUGUGACGUCUGCGGGAAAAACUCGGAGGCUUUCUGCCAGCUCUGCCCCAACUCCUUCUGCAAGGCCCACCAGGAGGGGGCGCUGCGUCCGUGGCCGCCCACAGGUCAGCUGUGCUGCACGGAGCACGACGAGCUGGACGGAGUCGACAGCGUUGGCCAAGACGUCUCCUCGGAGACCAACGCCGCCGCCGCUACCGCCGGUCAUCCCUCUAAGGGCUCCAGGAAGAUGGACGGAGCCGAAGCCAAAACUAAAGGCUCCAAGAGGAAAGCAGCCGAGGCCUGAAGGGAGCUUUCAGAGCAGAUAAAGACCAAACCAAGACUCUCACACCUCCUCCUUCAUCUUCUUCUUCACCAUCGGACAUCAUCAUCUUUUCAGAAUCACAGGAACCACGGCACUGUACAUCUUCAUCAUCAGGGAAAGCCGCUGAUCUCUCACGGGCAUCAAACGAGCUGCUCGGUUUUUAUUUUAACACUUUCAGGUUUAUUUUUUUUGUCUGCACUGAGGCGAAACCAUCUGUGGUAAAGCACAAAUCAGCAGCGCAGGAAAUGAACUUCAGCUACUGGAUUCACGCCUUUCUUCCACCAACCAAACUGCCUUUUUGGCUUUUUACGUCGUCGUUGUUUUUGUUUAACAGAAUAACAAAAGAAAACGGAUCCAGCCUGGAGUAAAACUUGCCAUCUGCUAACUUGAAUCUCAGCCCCCCGCUUCACUCAACACCGAUUAUCUUGAACAGCAGAGUUUUAUGGCUGUAUCUAUAUAUGUGUAUAUCAAAGACCAAAAUUAUGAUUACUGGAAUAGACGUCAGACAGGCUGCCAAAUGGAUGGUUUUUAUUUUUAUAUAUAGUAUAUAUAUGCCAGAUUUAAUAUCAAAACAAGACACUAUGGAUCGGCUUCAGAUCACGUCUUUGCUUUGUUUUCGUAGCAGUAGUUCAUUUAACUGUAGAGAUAUUUGCUGUUGUACAACCUGUUGUUUUGUUUUAGCUCAGUUUUACUCUUUAGAUAUGAGUUGUUUGGGUUUUUUUUUUUUUUAAAGAUGCUCAACGGCGACACUGCGACUCGUGUCCAGGAUCAGAACGAGGGUACUCUUACAACACUACUGGGAGCUUCACAGGUCUUCAGGGCUCUCCGUUUAAAAAAAAAAUGAAGGAAUGAGUGCGAUUCCUGUGAGCCGAGUCCUUUUGGUGCUUUUCAAUCCUCCCGCGGUGCUGUCUGGAACCUGAACGUUGGACUUUUUGUUGAUGAUUAUUUUUAAAUCCUCAGGAGGUUUUAAAGUCUGAUUGUCGUCGAAUACUUUAACACUGGCUAGCAGCUCAGAACCCAAAGUUUGGGAGAUUUAUCCGUGUUGAAGGAUUAUGGAGCGAAGUGUGGAACUCGGCUCUGUGCUGUCAGACUUUUAGUCAACUUCUGUCAAAGCCUCAGUUCUGGAACCAGCUUUUUUUUUCUUUAUGUUUUUGUCUGAAAUACCAGUGCAACCUAAAAUCCAUCACCUCCAGUCAGUCUCCAUGUGAGCUUCCAGCAGGGAUUUAUGACUACAAACAUGGCUGACCACAUCUCUGUACGCCUCUAAUACGACUCAAACUGGCAUCCAAGUCUUCGUAAAAGCCCCUAAACCUAAAGAUUCAUGCAUGUAAGAGCUGAAAAUAGUAAUUUAGUCAAGAAAUCUGCAGCUGUUGGGAAGUAAAAAAGGGCCAGACAACAUUUAUCAGAUGUUAAAGUGAAAAUCUUUGGCUUAGAGAAAGUAAAAACUAACAGAAACCCAAAUGGAUAUUGUGCUAAAUUAUCAGAGAAGACCUGAGCUGAUGACUUUACAUGUAAAAAGUUCAACUCUCAUGUAGUUCAGGCUCGUCACUUACAAAAAUCUGCGUUGUUUACGUGCAAAAAUAAGAUAUUUGUCCAUUUUUAUGGUUUUUGCAUCAAAAAAAUCCUGAUUUGUCUGAGUUCUGGCUGAAUUUAAAGUGUCACAGGGUCACGACAUCAUGUUUUGUUAUCGUCUGUGAAGCCAUAAUCUGGUUAUUAUCCAUCAUCACUGGUUACAUGUCAGUGAAUCAAGGAUUUUAUGUCUUUUCUGAUUGUUUACUUUGAGUUUUUGAGCUCUGAAUAAGUAGUUUUGUGCGUUAUUUUACUAGAAAAGGCUGCAGUGAGAGAAAAAUACCAAAACAAAUCAGUUUUUAUUCACCUUCUGCUGCAUAAAUUAUCCUCAGGUUAAUUCCAUCAUCUUUCCCAACAACAGUUGUGCCCAUUUUUCAGAUUUUUGCAUCAAAAAUUCUCAGAAAAUUCUGAUUUGCGCAAGUUCUGGCUGAAUUUAAAGUGUCGCUGGUUCACAAAAUCACGUUUUGUGACGCCAAAAUCUGGUUAUUAUCCAACAUCAGUGGUUGCAUGUUAGUAGAUCAAGGAUUUUAUCCUUUCUCUGAUUAUUUUGAGUUUUCAGCUCUAAACAAGUAAUUUUUUGCAUUAUUUUACUAGAAAAGGCUACAGUGAGAGAAAAACCCCAAAACAAAUUCAGUUUUUAUUCACCUUCCGCUACAUAAAUCGUCCCAUCAUCUUUCCCAACCGCUGUUUUAUCGAUUUUUAUAGAUUCUACAUCAAAAACCCAAGUCAAAUCCUGAUUUUGUGCAAAUUCUGGCUAAAGUUUGUGUCAUCGGUUCACAAAGUCACGUUUUCUUACUGUCUGUGAAGCCAAAAUCUGCUUGUUAAUGAGGAUUUUAUUCUUUCUCUGAUUGUUUAUUCGAAGUUUUCAUCUCUAAAUAAGUAACAGUGCAUUUUUUUUUAACUAGAAAAGUCUACAGUGAGAGAAAAAUCCCAUAAUAAGUCUUUUUUCCACAUUCUGCUGCAUAAAUCAUCCUCAGGUGUCUUACCCAACAGUUUUCCAGUUGUUAAAACCACAAUCCUACAUACAUGCCAUCAGUGUGUCUGUUUGACAGUCUGAGAGUACAGAGCUGAGACGUAAAGGAGCUAUAAAACCACUGUUUCUGCUGAAAAUAUUCACAUUACUGGAGGCAAACGGGCACAAUCAGGCUUGUUUUUCUGAUCAUUUCCAGUUUAAAGAUGCUACUUUUUCCCUAAACGGUGAUUAUUCCUCAUUUAAAACAUCUUUGUCGUGUUUAAACGUCGCUGCUGCUCUCCUGUUUCCAGCAAACGGGAUACUUUGUACAUCCACUUCAUCCUCUUUCGCUUCAUGUCGGAGGUUUUCGAGGCUGAUUUCACGUUUAAUGUCAGUUUGACCGGAGAAUCUCCCGACAGGCGGCUAGUUUCAGCCAUUUUACCUUCAACCCACUGUUGUCUUUCUCUUAAACUCCCCUAGAAACUCACCUUUGACUUGUAGAGACGCAUCAGGAGGCCGUUUUUUGUUUUAUUUUUGAACAUAACUGCACCUUUUCUCGUUUGUUUUUCCACCCCGGGGGCGUGUGAACGGGUGCAGCGAGUCUCGUACGGCUAUUUUAUGUAACGAUCUUCAUCCUAACCUUGAUUUCUGUUGAGUGAAUGUAGUCCAGCCAGUUGUUUUUUGUGUUUUUUUUUAUUUUUUAUUAAGCACUGUAAUUCCCUGUAGAGCUGAAGUGUAACGGCGCGUAGAGGUUUCACUCUGUAACUACUGUCCUAGCAACCCAGAGACUAAUAUGUACAUAAUGUAUAAGUGAGUAAUAGUGAUGCAUCUAUUGUAAAUAUCAUACAAUUUCUCCACGUUGUAUGUUUUUGGUUUAUUUUUUUUCCUGAUGCAGUGCUGAAACACUUUUGUGCAGGAUCUCACGUCAGUUGAAUCGUGCAAUAAAAAAAAAGUGGUCGAACGUUCA